AUGACCGGCGUGGAGAAACUCCCAGAGGUGAUGGAAACUCCAACAGAACAACAGUUGGAACUGCGGAGUGAGGGCCACGCAGAAGGAUUUUUCACUGCAGCUCUCCAGCUGAGGGAACAGGAUCUCCUUGUGGAUACAGCCGUGACUUUGGGUCAAAAGGACUACAAAGCCCACAGCAUCCUUCUGGCUGCAGUCAGCUCUGUCUUUCUGCAGCGUCUAGAGAGCGGGGUACAAGAAGGGAUGAAUCUGGACAGUGUGACCACGCCAUCUGGCUGGGAGGCCAUUUUGAAUUUUGCCUACACAGGAGAGUUAGAGCCUACUCCAAUCAUGGCUGAAGACAUCUUAGAUGCAGCUGAGGCCCUGGGUGUCCCUCGUGUGGCUGAAAUAUGCAAGGCAGUGUUGAUAGGGACAGAGAAUGAGGGCAGAUUGAGUCCAGUGGAAGAGAAAUGGAAGACGCUACAGAGGCUAGAAGAGCUGUACAAUGAAGGCAUUGGUUGGGACACCGAACUUAAAGCUGAAGGAGAUACAUUUCGAGUUCACCGCUUGGCCUUGGCUUGUGGCUGUGAAUUCUUCCAUGGUAUGUUUACCAGUGGCAUGAAGGAAACUCAACAGGCCAACGUUCCUCUUUGCACCCAAUUCACUGCAGCUGACCUGGGGCUGAUCACCUCCUUUGCUUACUCAGGAGUGCUGAGAGGUGGGUGGGAUUAUAUAUUUGAAGCUGCACAAGCUGCUCUUCAGUAUCAGGUCUCUGGCAUCUUGGACCUCUGUCUGGAUCUGUUCCGCUACAAGCUCACUCCAGAAACCUGUUUGGAUGUUCUGUCUUUUGCCCAUGCUUAUGGCCUACACGAUCUUGAAAACACUGCAGAGAAGUUUAUAUUAAACACCUUUGCUCUUGUCAUGAAAACACCAAAGUUCCUAGAUCUUCCUGUAAACCAGCUGGUGGACUUCCUCAGUUCUGAUUCACUCUACAUCCUCAAUGAACUAGAAGCUUUCGAAGGAGCCGUCCGUUGGUUGACUGCUGACUGGACUGGGCGGAUGAAUUGUGCCGAAAAAAUGUUGCACUGCAUCAGAUUCCCACUGAUGUCCAACCGAGAACUCAAACAGGUGAGGAAAGAAGAGAUGAUGGCUGAUCCUGGUCGCCUCUACAACCUCAUGGUUCAAUCCUUAGCUAGCAUUCCACCAGGCCCUUCUAAGAUGGAGCAACUUCCUUGCCGGGUGAGAUAUCCAGAGAAGGUCAUUGUGAUUAGCGGAGGAGAUACUUUGACAAAAAAUAUGGCUACUCGCAGUCCAUGCCAGGAUUUUUGGUUCACCCACCGCUUCCUCAACGGCAUCGGCUUGGUCAAACAAGUAGAGUGGCGUCGUCUUGGAUACCUCCCAGAGAAACCACGAUUCCGGCAUGCUGUAGUGGUCAAGGACAAUAAGAUGUACCUCUUUGGGGGAAAGCAUUAUUAUGGCGUCAGGGAUACCAUGUGUUCAGUGUUCAGGUUUGAUCCUCUUUGCGGGAGUUGGGAGCGACUAGCUGACAUGACCAAUUGCCGGAGCUAUUUUCCUGCAGUUUUCCUGUGUGGUUUCUUCUAUGCUUUUGGGGGGAGCUCCAAUGAGGUCUAUUGCCUGGAUUCUGUGGAGUGCUAUGAACCUCAGAGCAACACAUGGAGGCCUUGCGCACCCUUGCCCACCCCAGUCUGUGGCCAUGCAGCUUGUGUCCUGGAUGGAUGGAUCUACAUCACGGGAGGCAGCGACGGCUCAUGCCGCUGCCAAUCCUCUCUGAUUCGGUAUUGCCCAGAUGGCCCACCUCUCCUUCUGACUCCCAUGCAGGAAGAGCGAGCCGGGCACAUCAUGGAGGUGCUGGAUGGGCGGAUCUAUGUGGCUGGUGGUCUACGAUGGCGGGACGGGCACGGGGGCUACGCUGACCAACUGGCCUGCGAGGUGUACAGCCCAGAUCAGGAUGUGUGGGUCAGGUUGCGUCCUCUUCCCCAAGCUCAUGUCAUCGCUGCCUCUGCCGUGCUGAACGGGGAACUGUACGUCCUAGGAGGGUAUAGCCACAAUACCUACCGAGAUACGCAUCUCAUUCACUGCUACAACCCUUCUCAUGACCGUUGGGUCAACCUGGGGACGAUGCCCCAGGCAUAUGCGGAUCUAAAGGCCUGCAUUUUAGAAGUUCCCUCCUCUUACAGACAAAGUGAACCAUUGAUCCUGGAUGCUCCUGACUUGGAGGUCCCCACUGAUGCUUUGCUGGAUAUGCCCUACCAAAAUUCUGGAUCAAGCUGCUGA